AUGGCCGCGCGCGGCCGGCGCUCCUGGCUCAGCGUGUUGCUCGGGCUCGUGCUGGGCUUCGUGCUGGCCUCACGGCUCGUCCUGCCCCGCGCCUCCGAGCUGAAGCGAGUGGGCCCGCGUCGCCGCCACAGCCUCGAGGGCUGCCGGCCCGGACAAGAGGCGGCGGCGGCGUCCCAGGCUGGCGGGGCGCGGGGCGAUGCGCGCGGGGCGCAGCUCUGGCCGCCGGGCUUGGCCACCGAGGACAGUCCGCGUGACAGGAACUUUCUCUUCGUGGGAGUCAUGACCGCUCAGAAAUACCUGCAGACCCGCGCGGUGGCCGCUUACAGAACGUGGUCCAAGACAAUUCCUGGGAAAGUUGAAUUCUUCUCAAGUGAGGGUUCAGACACAUCUAUACCAAUUCCAAUAGUGCCACUCCGGGGUGUGGAUGAUUCCUACCCACCCCAGAAGAAGUCUUUUAUGAUGCUCAAGUACAUGUAUGACCACUACUUGGACAAGUAUGAAUGGUUUAUGAGAGCAGAUGAUGAUGUUUACAUCAAAGGAGAUCGUCUGGAGAGUUUCCUGAGGAGUUUGAAUAGCAGCGAGCCCCUCUUUCUUGGGCAGACAGGACUGGGCACCACAGAAGAAAUGGGGAAACUGGCGCUUGAGCCUGGUGAGAACUUCUGCAUGGGGGGACCUGGUGUGAUCAUGAGCAGGGAGGUACUUCGAAGAAUGGUUCCACACAUUGGCAAGUGUCUCCGGGAAAUGUACACCACUCAUGAAGACGUGGAGGUGGGAAGAUGUGUGCGGAGGUUUGCAGGUGUUCAGUGUGUCUGGUCUUAUGAGAUGCAGCAGCUUUUUUAUGAGAAUUAUGAGCAGAACAAGAAGGGGUACAUUAGAGAUCUCCAUAACAGUAAAAUCCACCGAGCUAUCACGUUGCACCCCAACAAAAACCCCCCAUAUCAGUACAGGCUGCACAGUUACAUGCUCAGCCGCAAGAUUGCCGAGCUGCGCCAUCGCACAAUCCAGCUCCAUCGGGAAAUUGUCCUGAUGAGCAAGUACAGCAGUGCAGAGAUCCACAAGGAAGACCUCCAGCUGGGAAUUCCCCCUUCCUUUAUGCGCUUUCAGGCCCGCCAGCGAGAGGAGAUCCUGGAAUGGGAAUUUCUGACUGGGAAAUACUUGUAUUCAGCCACUGAUGGUCAGCCCCCCCGGAGAGGUAUGGACUCGGCGCAGAGGGAAGCCUUGGAUGAUAUUGUCAUGCAGGUGAUGGAGAUGAUCAAUGCCAACGCUAAGACACGGGGACGCAUCAUUGACUUCAAGGAGAUCCAGUAUGGCUACCGCCGAGUGAACCCCAUGUAUGGGGCAGAAUACAUCCUGGACCUGUUGCUCCUGUACAAGAAGCACAAAGGGAAGAAAAUGACAGUUCCUGUGAGGAGACAUGCAUACUUGCAACAGACCUUCAGCAAGAUCCAGUUUGUGGAGCAUGAGGAGCUAGAUGCCCAGGAGCUGGCCAACAGAAUCAACCAGGGUUCUGGCUCCCUGUCCUUCCUCUCUGAUUCCCUGAAAAAGCUUGUUCCUUUCCGGCUUCCUGGGUCCAAAAAUGAACACAAAGAGCCCAAAGAUAAAAAGAUAAACAUUCUGAUCCCUUUGUCUGGACGUUUUGACAUGUUUGUGAGGUUUAUGGGGAACUUCGAGAAGACAUGUCUCAUUCCAAAUCAGAAUGUCAAGCUGGUCAUUCUGCUUUUCAAUUCUGACUCCAACCCUGACAAGGCCAAGCAAGUUGAACUGAUGCGAGAUUAUCGUGUUAAAUAUCCUAAAGCUGACAUGCAGAUUUUGCCAGUGUCUGGAGAGUUUUCAAGAGCUCUGGCACUUGAAGUAGGAUCUUCCCAGUUUAAUAAUGAGUCUUUGCUCUUCUUCUGUGAUGUCGACCUCGUGUUUACUACAGAAUUUCUGCAACGGUGUCGAGCAAACACAGUUCUAGGUCAACAAAUCUAUUUCCCAAUCAUCUUUAGCCAGUAUGAUCCAAAGAUUGUUUAUAGUGGGAAAGUUCCCAGUGACAACCAUUUUGCCUUUACUCAAAAAACUGGCUUCUGGAGAAACUAUGGGUUUGGCAUUACUUGUAUUUAUAAAGGAGAUCUUGUCCGAGUGGGUGGCUUUGAUGUCUCCAUCCAAGGCUGGGGGCUAGAGGAUGUGGACCUCUUCAACAAGGUUGUUCAGGCAGGGUUGAAGACAUUUAGGAGCCAGGAAGUAGGAGUUGUCCACGUUCACCACCCUGUCUUCUGUGACCCCAAUCUGGAUCCCAAACAAUACAAAAUGUGCUUGGGGUCUAAAGCAUCAACGUAUGGGUCCACACAGCAGUUGGCUGAAAUGUGGCUAGAAAAAAAUGAUCCAAGUUACAGUAAAAGCAGCAAUAAUAGUGGUUCCACAAGGACAGCCUGAUGUCCAGCACUGCUGGAAAUGACAUUUUUAAUUAUCUAAUUUAUUUUUCAAAAGUUUUUUGUAAGAUCAGUUUUUGAAAUCCAUAUAAGGAUAUAUUUUCCAAGUGGUUUUCUUACACAAGACUCCUUUAAGAUUGAGAUUUUUGAACAAAAAUGUGAUCAAUGUUUGCCUUUGAACACAUCUUGCUGAACAUUAUGUAGCAAACCUGCUUAGUUCUGACUUGAAACAUACCUGAUGAACAAAAUGUUUUUGUUUUGUAGUUUUACAUUUCUUUCCCAGACCCCUUUUCUGAACAGUCCUGUGGCAGAAAUCAUGAACAUUCCUACAAAGUAUUAUAGUGACAAAAAACACUGUCAACUCUGUUAAACGUUCUCUUGUCACUGUUGACUUUGCACAGAUUCUACCUUUUUGUGUUUUUUUUAAAUAGUAGUUUUUAAAUCCAUCUUGAGUUCCAGUCAUAGAAAAAAGAAACAUAACAGUGGCUGGGUCAUCACUGACUUGUGGACAGCUUUCCAAAGUGCUCUGCCCCAUGGUCAAGCCGGGAGUGAGGAGAGCAGAGCCAGGGCAGUGGUUGGUCCUGCGGGACUUCUGGCUUGAGUGGGCCUAGAGCUCCAGUCCAAGGAGGCAUUGGCAUUCUCUCUGUCUUUAUCCUUCUCUCCAGAUAAUUCAAUAUUAAUAUAUAGAAUGACAAAGAAGAAUGGUUGUAAUAAGUUCAGUGAAUGCAAGCUAAGCAAAUAGAAACCCUAAUGAAAACAUUGGGAAACAUUUUGGGUUUUGUUCACUUCAUCCUGUCUUUGUUAUGUUGGUGGAGAUGGUUACUUCAUUUUUUAAUUACUGUUUUGUUUUAUCUUUUUUUUAUCUGAAAUACCUUUAAUUUAUUUAAUACCCAUUGUUUAGCUCUCUGCCAUUUCUUGAGUACCUGUUAGUUACUAGUAUUUAUGUGUACCAGGAGUAUAGUUAGGAUGUUUUAUUUGCAGUAAACUGAUCUCCAAAGAUUUCCUUUUGAAAAUACUUUUUCCCUUCCUUCCUUAAGUUUUACAUUCCUGUCUUACUAAAUAUUAAGUGUUCUUGGACAAUUUUUGGUGCUCACAUGCUUUGGGGACAAAAGUGAAAUGAAUCUGUCAUUACACCAGAAUGUUUGUUUUCAACUCACAGAUCAAAUGUGCCUUAAUAAUUUUUUUUCAUUUAGAAUUCAAACAGUUGAUAGACCUACCAUUUUAAUACACAUCAUUGGAGAUCUGCUUAUUUGUAAAUAGUCUAUUGCUCAUUUGAAAAAAUAAACAAGUGGACAAUAUUUUUCUAUUGUA